GUUGUGAAGUUUGACCUAAACGGGAUGCCGUAGCAACCUGCUUUAGAUUACCUUUCAAUUUCGUGGUCGGCGACGCACUAUAGUUUUACUUUGUAAGAUACUGUUGUCGCUAAUAGAGGUGUGUUGAGUGUCUAUCUAUGAAUGUUUUGCUGAUAUUAACAAUUAACGUAGUUUAGCUACCAAAUAACUUUGGGUCGCCGGAAAGGCGCGUUAGGCAUUGACGACACACCACUACGGCUUAGCUAAUUUGCUAGCAUUCGUUAGCAGCUGAAGGGGCUAAGAAGAUCAUGUUUUGCAGGAAAACCCUCAAACUUAUUUGCGGCCUUGCUGGAAGUUCCACCGCCUUGGUGCUUGCGGCCGCCGCUGCAGACUCCCGUGGGUAUUUUGGUGAGAGGCAAAGCGAAGCGGGCGGCCGCUGGUUGAGUCUGUCCGUGCUGGACGCUGCCCAGCCGGCGUGGACACCAGCGGGCAUCACGCCUGUCCAGACUGGGCACGCGUGGGACUUCAACUGGGACAAGAGAGACCCGUCUGCACUGACCAAUGGCAAGAAGAAAGAGAGUGCAACUGAAGACCCCAGCUCGGAGCAAGACAACGGCAAACCGAAAGCAACACGCAACAUCCUCCUCAUUAGACACUCUCAGUACAACCUGAGCGGGAGCAGCGACAAAGAGCGCAUCCUCACGCCCUUAGGUCGAGAGCAGGCUGAGUUGACAGGCCAUCGACUGGCGGCGCUGGGAUUGAAAUAUGAUGUCCUGGUCCACUCUAGCAUGGCCAGAGCCACAGAGACGGCACACAUCAUCAGCAAACACCUUCCAGGUGUGGAGCUGCUGAGCUGUGAUUUGCUCCGCGAGGGCGCGCCCAUUGAGCCGGUUCCACCCGUCACCCACUGGAAGCCCGACGCUGUGCAGUACCACGAAGACGGCGCACGCAUCGAGGCAGCUUUCCGCCGCUACAUCCACCGGGCCGACCCCAAGCAGAAGGAGGACAGCUACGAGAUCAUCGUGUGCCAUGCCAACGUCAUCCGUUAUUUUGUCUGCAGGGCCCUGCAGUUUCCACCUGAAGGCUGGUUACGUAUGGGUUUGAACAACGGCAGCAUCACGUGGCUCACCAUCCGCCCCAGUGGACGCGUGGCGCUCAGAACUCUGGGAGACGCGGGAUUCAUGCCGCCGGAUAAACUAACACGGACCUGAUUGGCCAACACGGCGCUCUUCUGGGACCUGAGUGGAGAUGACGGCCCAGUCACGGGGUCAAAGCUCAGUUUUCUCCUUAAGUGUCUUCUGCUCGUUAUCACACAUUUGUUCUUGAACCACCGCCAUGUGCGCUUGAGGGACUGCGGUGGCGUCGUUGUGAUUGCGUCCAAGCCAACAGAAUGUAACUGAGGAUUUUUAUACAACUGAGUGAUUUCUAAACCAAAAAAAAAGUUUUUGUAUGUGAUUGUUUGUGUGGUCCAGUACAGGUGAAUAAAAUCAUGAUCACUUA